ACGUUUCCUAGUAGGUGGGCUCUCUAAGUUUGCGUUCCGCAGUUCAAUACCAAACAGUCAACGAGCACAUUUUGGUGAUCCAACGUGUGUGUGUGUAUAUGUGUGUGCUACUGUGAACUCGACCAGUGUUACCCAAAACAACAUUUCUCGCUGAUAGCCGCAGUUACUACGGUAGUCCUCGGAACUCUGGUGACUGGCCAACACUUAGUUUCUCCAACACCCGUAUUCAGUCUCAACUGCAGCGUGAGCUAAUGCGAUCCGACUGGAAACCCGACGCAGUGCUUGCCAGUACUGCGUACACUGUACGGCCGCAACAGCAGGACGAACAGCUACCACCCCACGCCACCUUCAAAAUGACAUCUGCGGCCUCUCCAGAUAACAGGGAGAUGGCUGAGAGCGAAACAAGCCAUCAGGGCAGGGAACAUAUCACGCACGAUGCGGCGGUGUAUGACCAGGAAAAUAUUGAUAUUAUGGAAGAUAGUCUACCUCAGACACCGCCAGAAAGUGAGGCAUCAACAACGGACGACAUCGUCGUACAUGACGACUCUGAUCAUUCAGUUAACACGUCUACAGAAACAACUAUUGCGAACGAUGAUGCCACUACCGGCGACACUACUGAUGGGGACGAUUCGACGAAAAAGAAAAACAAUUUAGUGAAACCGCCGUAUUCGUACAUUGCUCUGAUUACUAUGGCUGUUCUGCAAUCGCCACAAAAAAGACUGACGCUCAGUGGCAUUUGUGAGUUUAUUAUGAAUCGGUUUCCAUACUACAGGGAACGUUUUCCAGUCUGGCAAAAUAGUAUACGGCACAAUUUGUCCCUAAACGACUGCUUUGUCAAGAUACCGCGAGAACCCGGGAACCCUGGCAAAGGUAACUAUUGGACUCUAGACCCAGCCAGUGAAGACAUGUUCGACAAUGGUUCCUUUCUUCGGCGACGAAAGCGAUAUAAGCGCCAACACCCCGAUCCACUACGCGAACCGACAGCAUUUAUGACAACCGACCCCUAUGGCCAUCAUUUUCUUUUCGGACAUGGAGCUCGUCCACUUCCUUACCAUUACGUCACACCUUUACCCCCACCAGUACCACUGCCUUUGCCGCAAGUUGGCAACUUGAACUUAGUGAACACUUUCCCACUCAGUCUCGCAUCGACUGUGGUAUCGUCAUGUAACCCGACGGUGUCCAGUAGGCCCGUCUUUUCCAUUGAAAAUAUUAUUGGUAGCGGUUCUUCACCGAACAAGUCUAACCUCGCAGCCUGUACGGGACUGUCAUCGUUUCGACCAUCUGCAGCGACCGCGAUACAGUCAUCGCUGAGACACACGGAUCACCACAACGGCAUCAGCGCGUUUACAACCCCUUUGCCGUCAAGUUUGGAAAGACAUUGCGUACAGUGCAGCGGUACGACGACGAACUGGCACUGAUGCCGCGUGUCGUCGUCAGGCGACACUGCAUAUGAACUGUGACUUAACAUAACACUGCACUGAAAACUUAACGUACAGGGCAUCCUACGGUCCAUCUGAAGGUAAUGUCUUGUCUGUAUGACUGUAAAAAAAAAACAUUCUUUAAGCUCUGAAAAUACUGUUCAGUCUAUUUAUGACAGAUACUUUUUUAUAUAUAUGAAUGAUCACUGAAUUGUAUUAAGACAAAAAUUAUCAGGCCUGUAUUUUGGGAAUUGUUUUUAAUUGUUUGUAGCGCUUGUUACAACGGUAGAUAGUAAGGGGGACGUCUGGCCGGCGUUUGUAUUAUAUCACCUAAGUUAUUGGCUGGCUUUGACGUUUUCACACGGUGACCUAGAAAAAAAACAGAGGUAAAAGUAGGAGAAAAAAUCAUAUUUUAACUCCAAAACGUUAUUUUUUAAUAUUAUUUAAUUUAAGACUACUAUGACGUUAUAUUUAUGUCCAGAAUGGUGUUGUAGACUCUCAAGCCCAAUGACGAGAACACAUUAUGUUUUGGCAGUAUUUUGAGGGGAAAAAAUGCAAUAUUAAAUCUACACUUACAAUGUAUCAUGCAAAACGUUAUGUGUUGGUCUUCAAUCAACGCUAUCUAUUAUAUUUUCUAGUCAUAUCGCCGCGAAAUCAAAGGCAUAAUAGACGAAAUCGGAGGAGUUGUCUGUUGUAUUCACUUUAACAGCUGGGCUUUUCUCGUCCUGUGCGCAAAUAUUGAUUCGUUUCAAAUCGUUCCUCCCACCGAUCUUUGAAUUGUGAUUUUUUUGGCCUGCGUUUUUUUUUACAUGAUGUUAAUUUCGUAUUCCUUUUAGACUUGGUUCAUCUAAUUUCUGUAGUCAGUGUAGUAGCGAGAGGCGUAGAAGUUGUAAUAUAUACAUACACAUUUUCUCUCCAAUGUUAUCAUCCAGCACAUGGCGCAGAGAAAAGGCCAGGCGAUAAGCGAGUGGAUGGAAAUUAUAAUAGUUUUCUGUAUGUAUGUAUGUUGUUUCGUUUACAUUUAAUGACGAAAGACUGUAUGCAUGAAAUAAAUUCUACUGUACGUACUUUUUUGAAUAUAAUUGAAAAUAUAAAUAACUUUUUUUCUGUUGAUUCUA